UUAAGAAAUAAUUACGAAGUAAAUUCCAUUUUUGUGUAUUAAAGAAUAUUUUUUUGGAGGUCUAUAUCAGUCACGAAUUUCCUCUACUUUUGGUAAGCAGCGAAAUUUAAUUUCUACGUGUGUGAAAAAUCCUCGCUCUCUCACUUGCAACUGUCCCUCCGUGUUCAUCUCGCGUUUCAGUAGGCAUCUUUAGAGAGAGAAAUGGAAAGGCAACCCUGUUUCUAGAGAGAGAAAAAAGUUCCUCUUUGAAGUUUGUUAGUUGUGGAUUUCGAUUAAUCAACAAUACAGUUUUUUAUAUUUUUUGGACAACCAUUGCAAGAAUCGAUCAUUAUCUUGAAGGAUCAUUGAUUUAGCAACUGGGUUUUUACUUCAUCGGAUCUUGAAGGAGUUUUUGAGCGUAAUUCUGGGAUAUAUUGGUUAACUCUUCACUGAACGGAGAUGAUGAUGUUGACAUUCGAAACAGUUUGGUUGUGAUGUAAUAUGGAAGUUUUGUUUGUUCGCACAUACAUAGAAGAUGUCGCUUUACAUUGGUCGCGGGGCUUCAAAGUUAUGGAAGAGGUUUUGUGCGGAGACAACUACAGAAAUCAAUCUUCUUGCAGAAAAUUGGAAGUAUAUUUUAGGAGGUUUAAUUUGUCAGUACAUCCAUGGACUGGCUGCUCGAGGUGUUCAUUAUAUACAUCGACCAGGACCCAUACUUCAGGACGUUGGCUUCUUUCUUCUUCCAGAGCUCGGAAAAGACAAAGCUUAUAUAAGUGAAACUGUAUUUACCUGCAUGUUUCUACUUUUUGUCUUGUGGACUUUCCAUCCCUUUGUUUUCAAAAGCAAGAAGAUUUACACAGUUCUGAUAUGGUGUAGGAUUCUGGCAUUCCUAGUUGCUUGUCAAAUUCUUCGGAUUAUAACUUUUUAUUCUACUCAACUCCCUGGCCCAAACUAUCACUGUCGCGAGGGCUCAAAGCUUGCCAGGCUUCCACGUCCUGAUAGCAUCUUAGAAGUUCUAUUAAUAGUUCCUAGUGGUGUGCUUUAUGGUUGUGGUGAUUUGAUAUUUUCAUCUCACAUGAUUUUCUCUCUAGUCUUUGUUCGGACAUACCAUAAAUAUGGCACCCGAAGGUUUGUAAAGCAGUGUGCUUGGUUAACCGUUGUGAUCCAAAGCUUGUUGAUCAUUGCAUCCCGCAAGCACUACACAGUUGAUGUCGUCGUAUCAUGGUAUACAGUUAAUUUGGUGGUGUUCUUUGUUGACAAGAAGUUGCCAGAACUGCCUGAUCGUGGAGCUUCAACAAUGUUGCUUCCAUUGAGCAAGGAUGGCAGGACGAAGGAAGAAAAUCACAGGCUCUUGAAUGGAAAUUCUGGAGACCCUUCCGACAAGAGGCCAAGAACUCAAAUAAACGGCAAGAUUAUGGAAGAUGGAAGCAUUGAUGCAGGGGUUAAUGGUGUAUAGACAAUGUAAAUUGAACCUCGUUUCAACUAUUGAAACAGCUACCGGGUAUACCUCGAAUGUAAUCUAGAUAAGUCCUAGGUUACUACUUAUGCUUUUAGAUAAUCUAUAGUCAUGCCGGGAUGGACUGAAACCUGUCAUCAGAUAUGCCAUGGUGUAUCAUGGAAUUCCGAUGUUCUCAUUGCUUCAAUUAUUUUUGAUCUUCAAUUCUCGCUAAUUUUUCAUUAUUUUCUGUUCUUAUUCAAGUCACGUAUAAAAACUUCAACAGAUUUACAGUCAA